AUGGCUCUUGAACGAACCGAUUCUGGCACUAGCCAUGACAGUAGGCCCUGGCCGUCAGUCGAUGUGGCGCCAGAGCCUUAUCGAGGGCCUCCUAGAAACAUCGAGUCCAUCAAGGACCUCAACAGGGAGCCGUUCCGCGGAGACGUUUUGAUUGAACGAUUUACAGCGGUGGGCCAAGUACCAGAUGUAGAACAGCUCAGGGCGCAAGUUGGUGUCAGGGUGUUCUAUGGAAAAGGCAGAACACUAAUGUCAGGUUUGGGAGACGCCCACACCCAUCUUACCUGGAAUAGUGGUGAUCUGGAGCAAUUGGGACCCUCGGGAGUGGAGGAACAUACACUCCUGACUAUGCGGAGUGCGCAAUGUUUUCUCGAUUCUGGCUACACAAUGUAUGCCAUAAAUGCUGGAGACACACCUGGUCCCAGAUAUCUUGCUAACGGGAAAGAUAUGGCGCGACGGGGAGGCAAGCUCGUUGGAGGAAUCACAGCUUUUGCAGACGGGCCAGAAGAGAUGCGGGAGGUCAUCAAACACCAUGUCCAGCUCGGAGUUGACAAUAUCAAAUUGAGCAUGAGUGGCGAAGAAGCAAGUGAAACCACACGAUCGGCCCAGGACUGCUACUUCACCGAAGAGGAGACCCAAGCAUGUGUGGAUGAGGCCCACAAACAUGGAAAACGUCUGUGUUCACACGCUUGUGCCCGUGACUCCGUCAUCAUGUCGGUCAGACACGGAAUCGAAACAAUCUACCACGCCUCUUACAUCGAUGAUAGAGGCAUGUACAUGCUUGAGCAAGCAAAGGCCAAACACAUUGUUGCUCCAGCGAUCAACUGGCUGGUAUGUACGCUGAAUGACGCGGAAGCAUUUGGCUAUCCCAGGGAAGCAGCCGAGAAAGCAGGCUACAAACGCGAACUCGAUAUUGCUAUUGCCGGGCUGCGGGAGAUGCAUCGCCGGGGUAUCGUCGUUUUGCCUGGUGGUGACUACGGGUUUGCAUGGACACCGCAUGGAACGUAUGCACGGGAUCUCGAGCACUUUGUGAAGCUCCUGGGCUUCACCGAACAUGAAGCCAUCAUCGCAGCGACGGCUGGGGUUGCAGCUCUAUUCAUGCAAUCAGAUGAACUAGGCAAAGUUCAACCGGGCUAA